UUUUCCGUCGCUGCUCCUCCGAUCCCGCUCUCGCUGUUUCUCCCUCCCCGCUGCAUCCCCGCUGCAUCCUAUGUACAGGCAAUGCCAUGUCCCGCCCCCAGGUCAGCAUCGACCGGCUUACCCCCCGUCGCGUCCAUGCCGAGCCCCGCGAGUCGAUGAACUGCAAGUCGUGUCGGAAACGCAAGAUCAAAUGUAAUCGUCUCCGGCCGAGCUGUGAGGCCUGCAAGGUCUUUCAGUGUCCUUGUAUCUAUGACGCCGUGCCCAAGAAGCGGGGGCCCAAAACCGAUGUUCUCGAAGCCUUGUUGAAGCGUGUCGACGGACUGGAGAAACGUCUCCAGGAGGAUUCCCCGAUUUCGCCCACCUCGGCCACUUCGCCGAUUAAAUCGCUAGAUCAGCAUCUGCUGCCGUCGACGGCAACGUCGUUCCAGUUGCCUCCGCCGUCGCAUGGCUUUGCGCCGCCGCCGCCGCCACCGCCGCCGCAGCCGAGGCUGCCGGAUUCCAUGCUGGAUACGUACUUUGCUCGUCUGCAUGCGAAGCCGUAUUGGAUUCUGGAUGAGACGGCUACUCGGCAGCGACAUCAGCAUGGGCAAUUACCGGCUCAUUUGUCCAUGGCUAUCUAUGCGUUUACAUUGAGAUAUACUACGCCGAAUCCGCCCCAGGGGAGCCUUGAGUAUGCUCGUCAGGCGCGACGGCUCGUCGAUAUUGAUAAUCCGUCUAUUGAAGGGACUCAGUCGCUGUUGUUGCUGUGUCAUACGUUUUUUGCGUAUGGCUGUGGGAAGACUGCCUACAUGGUUCUAGCCAACGCGGUGUCCAUGACUUUGGCGCUGGAUUUGUAUCGAGAGGCACCGGCCGCGCUACCCGUGGCGGAACGCGAGAUGCGACGGCGACUGUUCUGGACGGUCUAUGUGAUGGAUCGGUUUCUGACCUGUGGCUCGAAACGGCCCUGUCUCAUCGCCGACCACUCGAUUGUGCUGCGUCUUCCGGGUGCCGGCUCCGAGGCGGGCGAAUGCUUCAACCCGGUCGGUCCGAAUAUCCACUACUCGCCGGAUCGUCGGAAAGGUCCUGGAGGGUCUGCUCUGCUAGUCGAUAUUACGCGGAUUCUGGGGGUUACCCAUCGGUAUUUAGCAGCCGGAGGCGUCAAAGGGGAUUCGCACUUCCCCUGGCACGCCCUCUCCAACUUGUCUAAGAUUCGUCAGGAACUCGACCUCUGGGCGGCCGGUACACAGGAUUUGUUUGCGUCGAUUGAGACGCUGUUCGGUCAUCCGGAGAGCACACUGCUGCUGCUGAGCAAGCUGAUCUAUCAUCUGGUGCACUGCCUGCUCUACCGGCCGUUUCUGCCGAUCGAUCUGGUGGAGCUGCGCGGGACGGGGCAGCAUCAGUCGUGGCAGAUCGAGGCGACAACGCUGUGCUUCUCGCACGCCAACGCGAUUGCUGAGCUGGUGGAACUGGCGCGACAUGCGCCGCGGAUCGAGUGGCCAGCCUUGGUGGCAUACUGUGUCUGCACAGCCGGUACGGUCCAUGUACACGGCGUGCAUUACCACGGGCGUGAGGGAGAGGUGUUUGCGUCGAGUGCAGACUUUUUGGCGCGGGAGAUGCACCAGCUGUCAUGGCUGCGACAGUACUGGGCGGGGGUGCAGCAUCAACGGGAGAUGCUGCAGAGUAUUUCCGCGUGUCAUGCCGAGCUGGUACGGACUAUGGCAGUCCGGCCAGUACGGUUUGCACCGGUGUUCCACCUGGAGGAUUUCCUGGACCGGUAUCCGGGGCUGGCCGUGGAGGGAGGACAUGUCCGAUUAGUGGACGUGGACCAGCCGUUGCCGCUGGACCGGCCUGAUUUCUCGGGGCAACUAAUGUACCCGCCUGCAUCCUCGCUCCCAUCGCAAGGACGAUCAUCCAUCAGCUUUCAGCCAUCGCAGCCAUCGCCCCCAUGGCCACAGCCGGAGUUGAAUCUCCCAGAAAGCAGCCUCGGGUUCUCCCCGGGGGUGGCUUCACCCGCGGCAUUCUUAUCCGACACAUAUACGGCUCCCACGCCGCCCGCCCAACCCCAAUACGCGACAUUCCCGUUUGAAGCAACCCCGGGGGGGGCCGCUCUCACACCAGAUGCCCCAUCGCAAAGCUCAGGGGGCGUAGGGACAGCGACAGGGACCGGGGAUGGCGAAAAGGAUCCGUUCCUAAGUUUAUUAGAGCAAUUGGCCGAGAAUGAACACUCGCAGGGCGGCCCCAGCGAGCUGGACUUUUUCCUAGGCGAGGGAUUAGAUCCGAUCCCGGGGGAAAUCGCGGAUGGGAUACUGGAGAAUGACUGACUACUGAUGCUGAUACUGACGAUACCCUGUAUAUUAUUCUACAUCCUACAUAGCACAUGCAUGCAUGCAUGGAUACAUGAUCAAUGCACGAUACGAAUCAC